AUGAACACACUACCUAUUUCAGCCGCCGGCCCACCCACUGCGCCAUAUCUAGAGUCUAUAAAAGCCCUGCUAAAAACCCUCAGAGAUAUUUUAUGGCUUCAAAACUCGAUAGAAACGAUCUCCUUGUUGUUUCCACACACAGUAAAAUCUACUGCUUGAACAAGAAAACCGGUAGCCGGAUAUGGCGAAAGGAAUAUUCUGCUAGUGUAAAGGGGCCGCCGAUCUCGUUGUUCAUCAACGAUGCCGAUCUGCUUAUCGCCGCCGCCAAAGGAACGGCUUAUGGUUACGACUUGUUCACAGGGUCAUUCAAAUGGAAAAAUGAAAUGGAUGGUAUGGGAUUCCAUGAUGUAGCCGUGAGUUCGACACCGACCAACAGUGUUGCACACUUAGCACCGAGCUAUCAAGCAUCAAGCGAACGGCCGCCAGCGUAUACAGCUAGCCACAAAUCCGUGGUCAUCUUGUGUUCGCAUGGUACGGUUAUCGGGGUUGAUUCUACGACUGGUAAAAAGAUAUGGCGAUAUAUGUGCCCGGAUGGCAGUCAUGAUAUGCCUGCAGUGAUAUCAGAAAUGGACAAGGUGUACAUUGGCUGCGGACGAAUGGUGAGCGCUCUCAACCCAAAGAAUGGGCAAAAGAUUUGGUCUGUACAUGCUAGCAACGGUGUGUUGGGAUCCUGCGGGAUGACCAUGGCUACUGUAUAGGGCUCCAGACAAGCAGAAAUUCAUUCAGGUGGCAACAACUUCCCGGUACAUCUCGAUUAGAAUGAACAAGGUUGAUGGUAUGAAGGCGUUCAAACCUGGGUCUUUUGUAGAU